AUGGCACCCACUUUCAAUGCAGAGACAAGGGCCAGUGAUCUCGUCCGCCACUAUGGCCCUAAUAUAUCCGGCAAAACGAUUUUGAUCACCGGUGUCUCCCCAGGGAGUCUUGGUGAAAGCUUCGUCAAGCAAGUCGCUGUGGCCCAGCCGGCUGUGUUUAUUCUAGCCGGCCGAUCCAUCCCCAAGAUGCAAGGCCUCGUCGACGAGCUGAACAGCACGCACCCAGGCAUCAAAGUCAAGCCCCUCACACUUAACCUGCUAUCAUUCAGUGACGUCCGGAAAGCAGCCGAAACGGUCAAUGCAUGGCCAGACGUACCUCACAUCGACGUCCUAGUCAACAACGCCGGCAUCAUGGCCGUGCCCUACAAGCUAACCGAAGACGGCUUUGAGAGCCAGUUCCAAACAAACCACCUGAGCCACUUCCUCUUUACCAACCUCAUCAUGGGCAAGGUCCUGGCCUCGCCAGCCCCGCGCGUAGUUCUCGUCUCCAGUGGCGCGCACCGCGCCGGCCAUAUCCGCUGGUCGGACUAUAACUUCAAUGAGGGCAAGACCUACCAGCGGUGGUUGUCGUACGGCCAGUCCAAGACGGCCAAUGCCCUGAUGGGACUUUCCCUGGCCGAGAGACUCGGGUCCCGGGGUCUCGUCGCCUUUCCGAUGUGUCCUGGUACCAGUUUCACGAACCUCUCGGCUCACGGGAAGGAUGACUUGGCCGCCCUUGCUGCGGAUCUGACGGAGAUGGAUAACUUCUAUGGCAACAAGUGGUUGUGGGGUAUGAAGGAGCUAAAGUUCAAGGAUUUGGACCAGGGAGUCGCAACGCAUGUUUUUGCUGCGUUUGAUACCGGCAUUGUGCAGCACAAUGGUGCUUUCUUGAGUGAUUGCCAUGUGGCGGAUCCGGAUAAAGAAGAGGUCUACCCCUGGGCAACGAGCAAAGUUGAUGCGGAGAGGUUGUGGAAGUUGAGUGAGAAGCUUGUUGGUCAGGAGUUUGACUAUUGA